AUGAAAAAGAAGAAGAAGAAGAAGAAGAAGCAAAUACCCGACCGAGAGGAGCAGAGAAACUUCUCGAUGCAAUACACCUCACGGAAGAAAAAGAAGAAAAAGAAAAACCACCACCACCAAUGCCAGCGGCUCCUGCAGGGCGUCUCAGCACAUCGACGCCGCCACAAGAAUAUCCAAGAGAAGAAGACCAGGACGGACUCCGUCCUACGCGGCGAAACACACAGAAACUCUUCUCCCCCGCCGAGGGGCGCAUGCAAGCCCCGGCGCCGCCGGCAUCAGCCCCAACGCCUGCACCACCCUCCUCUGCAUGCUGGGAAGGGAGCCGAGACGGCACUGGGGUGCGGCGGAGGCCUCCAGAUCCACAGGAAGCUCUCAGGCCCACCACCCAACUCCCUAGACGGUGGCCUGUCUGCAUCAGAAGAGUAG